CAUUUUAUCCUCCUCUCCUUACAAUCGACAGCCAGUUUCUUCAGUUCUUCACCUGAAUCGACAACCACCAUCAUACCAGUUUUAAGACGGCAGACCAAGGGUCUUCAUCCUUCCCAACUGAAUGCGACAAUUGAAUCGUUUCGCAUCCAAGCCUCAAACCGUUAGAGUUGCACUUGAAAUUGAUGAAUGGGAGGUCAAAUCGAUUAAUGGUAGUUAGAUUCGAGAAAAUUGAAGAACCGUCGUUCUAGGGUUCCAACCACUUCAUGGUCUCCGGCAAUGGUGGCACUCGGAAGUAAAUAUUUUAAGGAACUCUGGCUGUUCAUGUCAUAUUUUGGUUUAAACUCGAACAAAACACAGCUAUGGAGUAUGUGCUCUUCUUCUAUUUGCCACCAUGAUCGAUGCUUUCAUCUUUGCAUCUUAACGCAGAUGCUCUAACUGGAACUUUUAAAUCAGAUGGACGGGUUUGACCAGACAGUAAAUGUUAAGGUUAUUACGGCAACUAACCGUGCUGAUACUUUGGAUCUGAUUGUUCUCCCUGGUAGGCUUGAUCGCAAGAUUGAGUUUUGUUUGCGCAAUAGGAUUCUGUCAAGCAAUAUAAAGUGAAUUUACCAGACGAGCUCUCAAAGAUUAUAAAGGAUAAAAUAAUGAAGCUGGGAGGGCAAACAGUUAUAUUUGGCGGAACAAGAAAAAGUGCCCAAACGUUACAUGAGGCACUUGUUAAGCAUGGUUAUGCGGUAACAACAAUUGAAGGUGCUCUUACACAAGACGACAAAGAUAAGAUAAUCGAAGAAUUCAAAGACGGGUUGACUCAGGUUCUAAUAUCAACACAUUUUCUUGCUCAGGGGUUUGAUCAAUGUCAGGUUAAUCUGGUGGUUAACUAUGAUCUCCCAGCUAUAUUUGAUGAUCCUACAGAGCUUGACAAUGAAGCAUACUUGCACCGCGUAGGUAGAGCAGGACGGUUUGGUCGCAAGGGAGUUGCAUUCAAUUUACUAUGUGGUGAUGACGACAACAUACUUAUGGAAAAAAUCGAGAGACACUUUCAUGGUGUUACCGAGGUGCCAAGUGAUGGCGACUUCAAAGAUGCGUUGAAGAAAGCUGGUUUGAUGUAAAUUUUUUGUGUUGGUCUUUCAUUUAAUGGAGAACUUUCGUCUUGGUCCUUUAUCUAAUGUUUGACUUCUAAGUCCUUAAUCUAAUGUUUAACUUCAAAAUCCUUAAUCUAAUGUUCAACUUCAAAGCUGAACAACGAGUUAACAGUUUUUUAAUGGAUAUGUGAUAUGGAUUUUCCAUUAAUGUUUUUGUUUAUUGGAUGUGUGAUAUGGAUUUUGUAUUAGUUGGUUUGGGUAACUGUCUUUGUUUAUGAAUAUAGAACUUCAAAGCUGGAGUCUUAUACUCUACCGACAAAAUUGAUAUCCAAUGUAGCUUGACACGUUGGAUUUUGUAUUAGUUGGUUUGGGUAACUGUCUUUGUUAAAUGAAUACAUGUUACUGUUAUUAUUAUUCUUCUAAUUUAUGUUUUGUUGAACUUGCAGUGCAAAAAAUGCAAUGCUUCUAUGCCUCUAGGUGAUUACAACACAUCUUCUUUGACUCCAUUCUUGCUGUUUGUUUCUAAAAUCUUAAAGGUCAAAGUAUAAUCCAAUAGGAAUGAUCAAAU